CUUGUCAACGAAUAGGACUUUUGAAAAUGGAUAGCGUGGUUUGCUUAUAUAACCAUUUGCAAAUCGAAUCGCAUGUCAUCAUUACGACGAAUUGGAUUUGUUGUUGAUUUUUUCAAUAAAAUUAUUGAGCGAAAAUUAUUCCAUUCCGAGAUUGUCAUUGUAAAGAACAAAAUGGUUGAAGAAGCAAAAAAAUUGGCCGCAUUCGCCGCUAUUGAUGAUCAUUUGAAGAAUAAUAUGGCCAUUGGUGUUGGCAGUGGAUCAACAAUUGUUUAUGCUGUUGAACGUUUAGCGGAAAAAAUUAAAAAUGAUGGCUUAAUGGUAACCUGUGUUCCAACAUCAUUUCAGGCCAAGCAAUUAAUCACCAAACAUGGUUUAAUAAUGAGUGAUUUGGAACGUAAUCCUCAUUUGGAUAUUGCAUUUGAUGGUGCCGAUGAAGUGGAUGAAAAAUUAAAUCUUAUUAAAGGUGGUGGUGGUUGUUUAACACAGGAAAAAAUUAUUGCUUCAGCAGCUAAAAAAUUAAUUAUUGUUGCUGAUUAUAAUAAACGUUCAAUACGAUUAGGUGAACAAUGGAAAAAAGGUUUACCGAUUGAAGUUAUUCCAAUGAGUUAUAUGUUAGUAAAACAGAAAAUUGAAUCAAAAUUUGGUGGUGAAGCAAUGCUUCGAAUGGCUAAAGCAAAAGCUGGUCCAUUAGUAACUGAUAAUUCAAAUUUUAUAUUGGAUUGGAAAUUUCCCGAAACAAUUUCAACAGAAGAAUGGUCCCGAAUAAAUUUGGAAAUUAAUAAUAUUGCUGGUGUUGUUGAAACUGGUCUAUUUAUACAAAUGGCAACAAAAGUAUAUUUCGGUAAUCAAGAUGGAACUAUAACGAUUGUUUAAUAAUAAAAAUAUACAAUAUUUUUGCGAAA